AUGACACCCACUCCGCACGCGAACUCUCCACAUCACCACCCAUCGCAUUCGAAUCUGCGUCUAAGCAGAACUCGCAGACCACGCACUGCCAAUCCCUACGACGCUUCCAACCAUGCCACUCCUCCACAGCAACUGCUAAUGCCCGUAACUCCACUUGUGGACGAGACUACAGAUCAAGCCGACCUCGAUGCCGGGAAUAUUGAUAUUGAUAUUGGUAUUGACGAUGAAGACGACAGCGAUGGGGAAGGCGCAGAACACGACGGAGAUAUAGAGUUUCGCGAGGAUGAUGAUGAUGUGGAAGCCGAGGAUGAUGAUGAGCAGGAGGACGAGGAUGUGGAGGAGGAAGGAGAAAUCGAAGAAGGAAUGCCUCCUUUCCGUAUUUUUAACCUGGGUGGCCCGCCCGUUACCCCAGUGGAUCACAGACCUGUUCGGGUUCGACCAUACCCAUACCCCCUCCCUAUUAGAGUGGCAAAUCAGGAGGAGUGGAUGCGGAGAGUCAUAGCGUUGCAGUAUGCUAAUCGUUUCCGCCGUCCAACAGUGCCUAUGGAGGUCGAGACACCUUUCAACCCGGCAGCAUUGGGACUGAAGGAGAUUGGGAACCUGGCAAGUUGGACGGUCAGCAGUUGUAAGCCGGGCAGUGGUGUUGAAGCAUUGCGAGAUGAUGAUACAAACCUCUUUUGGCAAUCAGACGGUCCUCAACCACAUCACCUAAACAUACAUUUCUCCCGCCUCGUCUCCAUCCUCUCAGUCCGCAUCUUCCUCGACUUCCGCGCCGAUGAAUCUUACACACCUACACGAAUAACCUUGCUUGCAGGCACAGGCUACCAUGACCUUAUCCCAUUUUCCGCCCUUGAAUUCGAAAAGCCAAUAGGCUGGAUUGACGUGCCCUUGGACCACGUCGGAGGCGGCGAAGAUGGCAAGACAUUGAGGGCAUUCUUGGUCCAAGUCAAAAUUGUCGAGAACCAUCAGAAUGGAAAGGAUACACAUGUACGAGGACUGAAAGUCUAUGCUCGCGAUGAUCGGGCAAGAGGUAGCUUGGGAAUCCUGCCAGAUGGCGAGAGAAGAAAGAGCAGGGCUGUGGUACUGAAAGGAGAGUCCCCGAAUACAGAGAGAGUAUGGCUUGUAGAACCGGACUGGAUGGGUGAGCCUGAGCUACGGUGA